AUGGGCUCGGCGUUCUUCAAGUUCUGCAUGCAGUGUUGCUGCUGCUGCUGCGCCACUGACGACGACGAUGACGACGAUGAGAAGCAGCCAUUAGUGGGGACUCCCGAUCCUUUGGAGUAUUUCAGCCGCGAGGUGCAGAAGCGGCGAGACGAGGAGGCCAACCUGUGGAGCGAGCCGGGAGACCCCAGUCACUCAGAGCGAGAAGAUGACCGGACGCUUUACUCGCUGCUACAGGCGCGCAACAAGACCCGCAUGGGAUCCACGGGCUACCGCCGCUUAAGUGUGGACAUCGAGGCCAUGCGAGACACGCGGAGGGAAGUGCGGGAGAAAUGGAAGACCAUCCUGGAGAACCUCGGUUUUAUGGCCGAGGCAGACUCGCUGCUGACCGUGUCGGCCGGCGCCUCGCUGGAUCGCAUGCGCAACGCCGCUGCCGCGCGUUCCUUGCUGCACACGCUUCAUUCCGAGACCUCGCUUUUUAGCAGCAGGGAACCGCCGCCAGAGAGAUACCUCUUUAUUCUGGAUCGCUUGCUGUACCUGGACAUCGCCGAAGACUUUGUGGCUAAGGCCAGGCGUUUCUACCCGCCCAAGGACGGAGACUCGGACGAGGAAGGGCCGUUGGGCGCCAUUAACCUGCCGCUUCUGCUGGCCCGCGUGGAGGCCAUGAACGGCUGCCCCGACACCGACGACAGCGGGGGUAGUCUGGAGAAGCCUUGA